AUGAACAUUACGCCCGAGCCCGUGUCGUGGUUCGACCUGGUAGUCGCGUGUGGACUGGACGACGUGCGUGCCGUCUCCCUGCACCAACUCCUCCAGCGUCUCCCCACACCUCCCCCGCAUCUGCCCUCCGUCCAGGACGUGUCCGAGGCGCUCGUGCCGCGCUUCCAGAGUACUUUCCAGCGCCAAUUCCUCCCCCUCUCGGCCGAUGCGACGCGGGAUGGCGAAGGGGCCGAUCUCGAGUUCAUGAGGCGCAUUGUGCAGGACACGGAACGCAAGGCCGAGGAAUACGUCAAGGAGCAGGGGGGAUGGCCCAGCAAGCCGGACACGAGCAGGCCGCAGCCCGAGUAA